CCUCCCGCCCUUGACCCGAAGAGAAAAAAAAAACAUCCUUGACCGGACCUCCCAAUUCCUCUUCUCGCAACUCCAUCACCGCAUUUGCAUCAGCAUCAGCAUAAUAGCCCGUCUUCUUUCUGAAGCCAUCGCCAGCCCCCGUUCUUGGAGUUUGCUCAGCCGUGGUCUUUGUGCCCUUUUUCAUCUCUUAAUCAUUUUUCGUGAUACCCUUGUGAAUUUGUUUGUCAGCCAAAACAACUUCGAAAAUGCGAUCCUCCGCCAUCUUCGUCGCCAUCGCCGCCACUGCGGUCUCGGCCCAGGGAACUGUUCCGACCUACAAGAGCUCUCUGAACAUGACCAUUGACCCCAACACUGUUGCCCAGCAGCAGCGAGCUGUUUGGUGCCAGGGCCAGACCAACACUUGCCAGGUCCUUUGCGACAAUAACACUGACCAAAAUGACUGCAACCAGGCUCAACUGACCUUUGACUGCACAUGCGCUUCCAACAACUCGGCCCCUGGUCUCCAGUACUACACCCAGACCCUGCCCACCUUCAUCUGCCAGCAGCUCUUCUCCAGCUGCAUCCAGUCCAACGCUGGCAACGCGGAUGGCCAGGACGAGUGCAAGAGCAAGAUCCAGAAGCUUUGCGCCACCCAAAACCCUCCCACCAUCGCUGAGAUCAGCAAACAGGCCGAGGCUUCCACUGCUGCUGCCACGACCGCUUCCACCUCUUCUGCUGGCCACGCCUCCACCACCUCUGCCGAGCAGUCUGCUAGCAGCUCUGCCUCGUCGACGUCCUCAAAGGGCGCCGCUGCCGCCACCAUGGCCCCUGCAGGAGCUGGUGUUUUUGCCAUGGCCGCCGCUGGUCUGGCCGCUUACGCCCUCUAGAUGAGCUGAGCGAUUCAGUCUGAGCUGCUGGUAAUGUCUGGCGACCCAGCCCGUGGUAAUGGUGCGUGCUCUAGGAAGGGAAGAAAAGGGGCACUGGGUCAAUGCUUGGACGAGGGGCCUCGCUUCUCCAUAAACCACUUUGUUAUCUAGUACACUUUGUUUGUUUGAUAUCACCACCCCCCCUUUAACGAAACCCAAGACGACGAAUAUGAUCGAGGGCAUAAUGAUGGUUGCGUGUUUUUUUUUCACCCCUUCGAGUUCUACUUUUCGCGUUUACCAAGGUCAUAUGUCGUGGUUAUGCCUGCCACUCGGCCGACUUUACAUUUAAUCUGUUGAAGGCGCAGUUAGGGUAGUAGCCGCGCCGACUCGGAGGGGAGGAGUCUUUUUUGAGCUUUAUUCACAUGGCAGAGGCGAAGGGGAGUAGGACAGUUGUUUUAAGGCAUACAAAAUGCAAAAAGUCGUUUGACAAAAGAUGAAAUGUGCACACUUAAUGAUUAUCUCGUCAUAUCGUAUGGUUCAACGCCAUUGAAAGCUGAUUGUCUAGGUCCAUCGAAUCUUUCAAGUAGCUGAUAGGACACUACCCAGUCGAGUUUUUGAGGUGCUUGCAGGCUCGACUGCUGCACAAGUUCUGCUUUAGACAGCAUUCUGACCAGAGUAAAAUACAUGCUGAGGCAGACUCCCAAUGAGUACUGGGAAAUCAGCUGCAUCGCUCAUGGGUUGCGCACUUCUUCCCUUGGUCCAUUUUCUUU